AUGAUCUACAACAGUACUCGCUUUCGUCUUCUUGCACUGACUGCAAGGUCUGACGGUCUCAGCUCAAACAUACCGCCACUAGCAAAGGUCCAAGGAUGUAUGAGCCCCCGUGCUCCAAACCAUCAAGCAUCGCUCUUCAUAGCCGGACUCCAUGGCAAGGCACUCCAAGAAACGAAAUUCAAAGGCAAGUCAUGUCAUUCUAAUAUGGACUGA